AUGCAGCAGGCUGUCCUUGACCCGGAGUCACAAGUGGAAAAAGGCGAGAAUGCCCGUUUGUCAUCAUUUGUAGGUGCUAUUGCCAUUGCUGAUAUGGUAAAGACAACAUUAGGCCCUAAGGGAAUGGACAAAAUCUUGCAGUCGAUGGGCGGCCCCGACAAGAACAUCUCGGUUACCAACGAUGGUGCCACAAUCUUACGCAGCGUCUAUGUGGAUAAUGCGGCUGCAAAGGUCCUUGUGGACAUUGCUAAAACGCAGGAUGAGGAGGUUGGUGAUGGCACUACGAGUGUCGCUGUUCUCUGUGGCGAAUUAUUACGCGAGGCCGAGAAACUCAUUGACCAGCGUAUUCAUCCUCAAACCGUCAUCGACGGUUGGCGUAUCGCUCUAACCACAGCCAAUGAGGCACUCGUAGCUUCGGCCAAGGACAACUCACAUGAUGCCGACAAGUUCCGUGAAGAUCUUAUAAACAUUGCGCGCACGACUCUCAGUUCCAAGCUGCUGACUUACGAGAAGGACCAUUUCGCCCAACUAGCGGUGGAUGCCGUGCUACGUCUGCGUGGAUCCAGCAAUUUGGACUACAUCCAAAUCAUCAAAAAAGCCGGUGGCUCUCUCCGCGACUCGUACCUGGAUGAAGGUUUUAUCCUCGACAAAAAGAUCGGUGUGGGACAGCCCAAGCGUAUUGAAAAUGCCAAAAUUCUGGUGGCCAACACGGGAAUGGACACGGACAAGAUCAAGAUCUACGGUGCGCGUGUCAAGGUGGACUCGAUGGACAAGGUAUCGGCAAUUGAGGACGCUGAAAAGGCCAAAAUGAAGGCCAAGGUGGAAAAGAUUGCCAGCUUUGGCAUCAAUUGCUUCGUGAACCGACAACUUAUCUACAACUAUCCCGAGCAGAUUUUCUCGGACAAGGGCAUCAUGGCUAUCGAGCACGCCGAUUUCGACGGCAUUGAGCACCUGGCUGCGGUCACGGGAGGCGAGAUCGCGUCUACGUUUGACAACCCGGACGCAGUGCAAGUUGGUGAGUGCAAGUUGAUCGAGGAAAUUAUUAUCGGCGAGGACCGAAUGCUGCGGUUUUCGGGCGUCAAAACGGGCACGGCCUGCUCUGUAGUGCUUCGCGGUGCCAGCUCACAUCUACUGGACGAGGCUGAGCGCUCGCUUCACGAUGCGCUGGCCGUGCUGACACAGACAGUCAAGCACUCGCAGACUGUAAUGGGCGGCGGCUGCACGGAGGUACUGAUGGCGCAGGCCAUCGACAACAAGGCGCCGUCCGUGCCCGGCAAAAAGGCAUUGGCAAUGGAGGCAUUCGCACGCGCACUGCGUCAGCUUCCAAGCAUCAUUGCUGACAACGGCGGAUUUGACAGCACGGAACUGGUGACGCAGCUUCGCGCGGCACACCAUCGUGGAGAGACGACAGCGGGUCUGGACAUGCGCACUGGCUGCGUGGGCGACAUGGAGUCGCUCGGCAUCCGCGAAGCGCUUAAGAGCAAGACGCAAGUGCUGUUCUCAGCAGCCGAGGCCGCUGAGAUGAUUCUCAGGGUAGACGACAUUAUUAAGUGCGCGCCACGCCAGCGUCAGGGACAGUAA